AUAAUGGUGCUACCUCAGUAACCUAACAUGACCCACAGAGAUGCUUAAUAGGCAGCAAAGAAGUGGAAAAAGAGAAUGUCCAAAAUGAGCAACAGUUUUAAAUCUUAAGGAAAGAGUCAUUGUGAGUAUAUAGACUUUAAAAGUGCGUAUCGUUAUGAGUAUCUCUGAAGAAAUGAUAUAGAAUACAACCCCUAAACCUCCCCUUGCAUCAUCACUUCUUUCCCUUGACAGUGCAGCAACACCUUGAUCAAUAAGUAAGAUACAACCCAUUGACAAUUGAGCAAGUUUCUCAUUUUUCUUCGGUGUUCUUUCUCCCCUUAAUUAAUUAAUCAUGGUCACUUCACACAUUGGAUUACAAUAAACUAUGUAAAUUUUGAACUUAGAAUAAAUCCACGAAUGAUUAGUACAUCCAGACAAGUCAACCUAAGAGCCUUAAUUAAAAUGCUUAUCUCCUUUCUAUAGUUUGAAACUUUGAAUCUGAUUAAACAUUAUGAAUUAAGCUAGAUAGUUGUUUCAAGUAGAAGUUUCUUACUGGAUUUCCAUUCAUGGAAUACGGUUGUAUCAUAGCUGAGCUGUCUCAAGCAAGAAGUGCCCAGCUUUAUAUUUGUAAAAUCCUAAUAUCAGCUGUUCGCUUAUUCAUCUUUGUGAACUGCAGAAAGGAUCAGUUUUGGGACUGGUGCCAUGGCCAUUGGACUGGAGCACUGUACAUCACCAGAUGGACUCUUAGAGAACGUAUGGGCCAACUUCAUUGCUGGAACUGCACCUGGGGAAGGAGGAACAAGCAACACUCCUACAUUAUCUCAAACUUGGGAGGAUCCAUCUAAUCUGAAUGGGAAAGAUGGAUCAAUGGAACUUCUGCAGAGACUUCCUAGUCUUGGGAGAUGGGUAUCCAUGGGAGCUGAAACCUGGGAAGAGCUGCUUAAUGGCAUCAUUCCAGCAAGCAAUAUUGAACCAUCUGGCAAUCUUGAUUCUGAAUGUAGUGAAUCCAGUUCAGCUUCAAAGCCAAAUGCUGCAAGAGUUGAGGUGGUUACCAGACACUUCAGGGGAGUUAGAAAGCGACCAUGGGGAAGGUAUGCAGCAGAAAUAAGGGACUCAUCACGAAAAGGUGUCCGAGUUUGGCUUGGGACCUUUGAUACAGCUGAAGAAGCUGCAUUGGCUUAUGAUAAAGCUGCAUUAAGGAUGAGAGGACCUCGAGCUUACCUCAAUUUUCCACUUAAGAUGGUUGCAGAGGCCAUGGAAGAUAGACAUUCAGGGCAGGACUUCAAUUGUACCUCUGAGUAUUCCCAGGAAUGUUUUGCUACGGAACUAAACCACUCCCUAUUCCCAUCUCAUGGGUGCAUUGAGAAGACUCUUAAUCCCCGAAAAAGAUCCAACAGAGAUUGGGACUAUAAUGAUGAGAUGAUGAUCAAAGCACCAGCAUGGAAGACACAGCCAAGUGUGGAGGAGAAGUUGGGAAAUGAAUCUGACAUACUGGAGUUUCAGGAUCUUGGAAGCGAUUACUUGGAUAGUUUGCUAUCCUCUUUGUGAAAAAUAAAAAAAUAAAAAACCAAGAAUGAGGUCCAUACUUAGGAGUAGAAGAAAGUGAAGAUUCUUCAGCCAGCCUUUAGGUAAUAUAGGUUUUAGUUGUGUAUAAAUGUCAUGUAUAACAUCCUAAACCAAAUGAACCAGCCAAAUAGUCUAGGGUAGUCCAGAUUCUUUUGUUCCAGGCAUCUCUGCCUGGAUUUAUUGUUUAUAAACUAGUACUAGAGAAAUUGGCAGAAGAGCAUUGUAUAAAUUGCUGUUUUUAGUUAGGUUUUCUUCUAUGAUAGUGUUCUAUUUUGUAUAAUGAUCUUUUGUUAAUAUGGGAUGCAGGUAUGCUAAUGUAAUAAGAUAAAACAAAAUACCAUAUACAGAGUGAAGAAUAAAUCAUUCUAAAGUGAUCAUGAAUCAGUAAGGAAUCAAACAAUUAUUCAGUAAAUCUCAUGAAACCCUUUCAUUUUCUAGUUCAGCUUCAUGAAUGCCAGGUCAAGAAAAGUGUCAGAUUGUUCAUUCAUUUCAUGUAUAACACAUAGUAUUCAGCUUCCUUUAUACUGAUUCUUCUGUUGCAAGGGCAUUCUCACAUCCGUGUCCUUGACAUUACUCAGUAUCCAGAGACAGUAGGGCAUGCAUCCACCAAUCAAUGUCUCUCGUCUACAACGCACUACCUAAUGGUUGAACCCAAAUUCCCUAAAAUUUUAAAUUGGGAAUUUCCAUAAAUAUGUCCCUGAUAAUUUAAAGUUUUUAAUACAUCGAGAAAAUUUUCAUGUACAUUGAUGAUGCGCGAUCUGGCAGCUUCCUACUGGAAGGUGACUCAGAUGCCGAGUUGGCUAGUUCGCCGAGUCAACCUACAAAGAGACAGUAUUAGAGUGCCUGGGUCGUUUUACUCAGGGUGGGCACUCCGAUGCUUAAGUCAGCGAACUAGAGAUUUUGGAGAGACGUGAGACCUUUAUAUAGGCAUUGUUUGGCGUAAGCUUCACGCACUGCAUCCAAGAUCUCCGGGAAGACAUGGCUGACCAGUCCGAAGUCCUCAGAGGUAGUUCCGCAUGUAGACUAGGCUUUUGUGCCUUCCUCUGGAACAUUCGGUAUGAGAGCCGACUUCUGGAGGACCUGGGAAUGGUGGGACGCUCGUGGAGGAAGUCGGUGAGCACGUUUCGUAGGUUGCCACCUGGACCUUAGUCAGGUCAGCAAGUCCUCGAGGGAGGUCGCUUCUCACACCAUAGUCCCUUGGACCGGUACUGACAGGUACCAUAGGUCGACAAGUUCUCAAGGGAGGUCGCUCCUCACGCCGAGGUCCCUUGGACUGAUAACGACAAGGUACCACAGGUCAGCCCUGGAUGAGGUGCUACUAACCGCCCUGCCGAGGUGCCCGAGCUGUGUAUAAGGUGCCCUGAACUGAUUCCAAGGUGAGUGUCCUUGACUUGGCAAGAUACGCAUCUAUCCGCAUGGCGCUGAGGUGUCAAGCAACGAAGACAGAUGCCAUGUGUUGCUAGGUCAACGAAGGGCCAAAUCACCCCUCAUCAAUUACCCCCCAAACUCAAGCCGAGGCCAGUUCGGUGAAGGGUGUAGCUUGUAUGAAGAUGAGGCCCAAGGUGACAUCCUUAGGGCGUCGGUCGAGUUAGUCUGCUUGGGUUAGUCGAUGUAUCGAGCUAUUUGUUGGUGCGAAAGCGCACACUUGAAAUUUUGCACCGCUCUUCAAAUUUUAAAACAGCACGCCUUCAAAUGGCGUGCACGUCUUUCAAAAUUUUGAACGCGGGUUUCUUCCUGGACCGUUGUAUUGAGCGAAUCUGGACCGUCAGUAGUCCGCGCUUCUAUCUAUAAAUUAGGGGACCCUCAAGGGCCCCAUGUCGCUUUCCUAUUUUGGACUUAUGCUAAAGCGAAGAUUGAUGACAACUUUGAUUACCUCCAACUCGGUUGUGGCAAUUUCCAGCAACUAGUCUUUUUCUUCUUCUCAUCGGUAAGCUUCCAUUUCUUUAUUUUUUAUCAAGUUAGCAGUGAGAUGCCAACGUCCUUUAAGAUCGAUUCAAGUGUGGUAGUGGCAAAGUCAAAACGCUGCCGAGCUAGAUAGAUGGGGUCCAACCUACAUAAAUCAGCUACAUGUUGCCGAUGCGUUUUGAGGUCGACUUGAGGGGGCCUUGAAGCUGAAAGCGGUUUAGUUUCCCCUUAGAGUUCGGUUUGACCAGGUCGCCAAAGCGGAUGGUCAUUUUGCAGUCGCUUUAAACGCGGCUGCAUCUAUGCCAUCACGUGGGAGUGACUCUCCCAAGUCUGCGUUCGUGGGUCAAUGAUGCACAUGUAUUGCACCUGCUCCUAGAACUUCUGGUCGUCUACUCCUACCAGAGCCAUAGGAGGCUCACCUUGAGGGGGUGGCUCUACUGUCUACGGGUUGCCUACUCUCACAGGGGACCAUGAAAGGUUCAACCUGUGAGGCUGACUCCUCAGUCAACUAGUUGCCAACUCUCACGGGAGCCAUGGAGGGCUCGAUCAGUAGUGAGGUUUUGUAGUUUAGGCUACAAGACUAUCUGAGCCAGAUCGCUGAAUCUUGCCCAGGAUGGUCGUUUAGAUUCUACCCCCCUUGUGAUAGCAUUGUCGAUACGUGCAUCAUUGUUUGAACGGCAAGUCGGAUCCACAGCUACACUGCAUCAACCCUUGAAGACAAUGGUUGUCUACUCCUACGAUAAGCCAUAGGGAGCUCAACCUGCGGGGACGGAUCUACUAUCUGUAGGUCGCCAACUUGCACGGAAGCCUUGAAAGGCUUGACCUGCAAGGGCGACUACACAGUCCGUUGGCUGCCGACUCCCACUAGAGCUGCCUAGGGCUAGACCAAUAAAGGUGGCCUCGCGAACAGAGUUGACGAGGCUCAUCCAAGCUGAUCACAGUUGAGUGCGAAUUUAAAAUGAGUUGAGAACCUGGCUUUUAAGUAGCGAUUCCCACAAACGGCGCCAAAUGAUGAUGCACGAUCUGGCAUCUCCUUGCUAGAAGGUGACUCAAAUGCUGAGCUGGCUAGUUCACUAGGUCGACCUGCAUAAGAGAUAGUAUUAGAGUGUCCGGGCCACUUUACUGGUGUGGGCACUCCAAUGCUUAAGUUAGUGAGCUAGAGGUUUUUAAGAGAGCUAAAAGCAAGAUUUCUAGAGUAUUGAGAGAGCUGAAUCGCACGUACCUUCUGAGAUAGGAAGUGAAGCCUUUAUAUAGGCAUUGUUUGGCGUAAGCUUCAUGCACCGCGUCCGAGAUCUCCAGGAAAAUGUGAUUGACCGGUCCGAAGUCCUUGGAGGUAGUUUCGCAUGUAGACUAGGCUUUUGUGCCUUCCUCCAAAACAUUCGGUAUGGGAACUGACUUUCAGAGGACCUAGGAAUGGUGGGAUGCCCGCGGAGAAAGUCGGCGAGCACAUCUCACAAGUCGCCCCCUGGACCUUAGUCAGGUCGACAAGUCCUCAAGGGAGGUCGCUCCUCACGUCGAGGUCCCUUGGACCGGUACUAAUAGGUACCAUAGGUCGACAAGUUCUCGAGGGAGGUCACUCCUCACGCCGAGGUCCCUUGGACCAUAACAACGAGGUACGACAGGUCGGCCCUGGACGAGGUGCUACUAACCACCCUACCGAGGUGCCCGAGCUGUGUAUAAGGUGCCCUAGACUGAUUCCGAGGUGGCUCUCCUUGACUUGGCGAGAUACGCGUCUAUCCGCGUGGCACUAAGGUGUCAAGCAGCGAAGACGGAUGCCAGGUGUUGCUAGGUCAACAGAGGGCCAAAUCACCCCUCAUCAUACAUGAAAUCAUAAAAAAAAUCCAAAUUUUCAUGCCAUAACAAAUAUUACCAAUUGAGGAAAAUAAUUUAGAAACAUAUUCCCCCGUUUCUCUAAAAUCAACUAGAUCUCUUGAUUCUAGGCCUUAAGCAAUACCUACAUUUUGAUCUUUCAGAAAACUUUGUUUUUGAAAACUAAA